CGCCGUCUGAGCAGCCCGUUCCUACACACCGUCCAGUGAAUAAAAACAGGCGGAAGUUUCCGUUCUAUGUGCGAGCUGAAUUGAACAGCUUUUAAGAAAAGGUCCGAUUUAUACUCACUGGCAUAAAAAGAGCAAACGAGACUGGGCGUUCACUGGAUUACAGAUAUGAGUGUAUUCGAACAGGAGGCAGAUCAAUAGAGUGUAGCUGCACUGUGUUCUUCAGACGCCACUGUUGGGUCCCUGGAUCCAUUGGAUACCCUAGUGAGCCGGUUAAAGAGGAGAGAAACUCGCCGAAACCCUGGUCUGUAGACACGUCACUCCCCGUGUUACCUGCUUGGAGGACAGCGUCCAAAACCAUCUUCACCUUGAAAGAGUAGCAAGGAAUGUCCCAUAGCACAGGACGAUCAGGGAGGUCAGCAUUUAUUGAGUAUCCACUAUUGCCUUUGAAAAGCUGGAGAUGAAUCAGCUACUUGAACCAUUGCAGUCCUGGUGAAGGUGCUCCCACAGUGCUGUUGGGAGGGAGUUCUACGAUUUUGACCCAAUGACAAUAAAGACAUGGCAAUAUAUUUUCAAGUCAGGGUGGACCACAAAUUUGGACACGGUGGAAUAAAUCAACUAGGAGGCAUGUUUGUGAAUGGAAGACCACUUCCCGAUGUGGUAAGGCAGCGCAUCGUGGACCUUGCACAUCAAGGAGUACGGCCUUGUGACAUUUCUCGGCAGCUCAGGGUUAGUCACGGGUGUGUCAGCAAAAUCCUCGGCAGGUACUACGAAACAGGCAGCAUUAUGCCUGGAGUCAUUGGUGGCUCAAAACCAAAGGUUGCGACGCCAACUGUGGUGGAGAAGAUAGCAGAAUACAAGCGGCAGAAUCCUACAAUGUUUGCAUGGGAGAUUCGGGACCGAUUGCUUGCAGAAGGAAUAUGUAAUAAUGACACGGUACCCAGUGUCAGCUCCAUUAAUAGAAUUAUAAGAACCAAAGUUCAACAACCAUUUCAUCUACCUCUUGAAGACCAUUCUGGGACAAGACUCAGUCCUGGACACACUUUGGUGCCCAACUCAACAGUUACACCCCCAGAAUCUCCUCCACCCAGUGAUUCCCUGGGUUCAUCCUAUUCCAUUAAUGGUCUUCUUGGGAUUGUACAAUCCAGUAAUGAAACCAAAAGGAAACUGGCUGAAAGCGAGGAAGAUAUUUGUGUGAUCAGUGCUGACUCCCAGAGUAGUAGUGGGGGCCCUCGGAAACAACUCCGCACCGAGGCUUUUGCCCAACAUCUUGAAGCCCUGGAUUGUGCCUUUGAACGGCAGCAUUAUGCAGAGGUCUUUGCAGCUGCCAGUCACACCAAGGGAGAGCAGACUCCUCUGUAUCCACUUUCAACCUUAAGUAAUGGAAUGGAUGAAGGGAAGCCAAGUUUGUCCUCUUCCGCCACCCCAGUAGGCAGGAAUAUCUCUGGAUCACAGGGCUACUCAGUAGUGACAGGGCGUGAAAUUAUGAGCUCAACGCUGCCAGGGUACCCCCCUCACAUUCCUGCAAAUAGUCAAGCCAGUUACACAUCAUCUGCCAUCGCUGGAAUGGUGACUGGAAAUGAAUAUUCAGGAGGCCCUUACACUCACUCCCAUUAUACAUCCUAUAAUGAUGCCUGGCGUUUUACCAACUCUGGAUUAAUAAGUUCCCCUUAUUAUUAUAGUUCCACUCCAAGGACCAGCGCACCUCCCGCUGCUGCGGCUGCCUAUGACCACCUCUAGUUUCCACAGCAACCAGGGAAUUGUGCAGAGAGAUGCCCUGGGGAAUCAUGUGCUGUCAGUCUAAUUGAUUUGAACACAAAGCAAUGUGAAAAACUCUAUUUAUGAAUGAAAUUUGAACGAUGGGCAAUCAUUUCAUCACUGGAUGUUUUCGAAACACGCCAGAAAGGAUCCCAAAAUAAGUUCAGCAGUGAAUUGCCUUCAUAUUCUGGAUUUACAGUUAACUCACAGAACUAAAAGCCAUAGACCAUGGCUAGAUAGAAAUUGCUUCUGAGAACAGUAAGGGAAACAAAUGCACUAUUAGUAUUGUAAAUUAUACAUGGAUUUUGCAAAGUCCACUCAAAUGGGCCACAGACAUUGUGUAUACAAGGCUCUAAUAGGCUCAUUAUGUGACUUUAAUUAUGAGUGUGAUGAGUUGGAGUAACAAUAAUGCAUUGGGAGAUCUUACUCCGGUGAAACAGGGAGCUACAUUUAAUAGUAACUGAGUGUUACAGUGGAUGGCUUCUACAGACAAAAGAAAAGAACUUUCAAAAUUACACAGAGCUUUACAAAGAGAAAGUCUGGCAACUUUCAUUACUGACUGAUCAAGAAAUUCAUUGUACCAGCAUCAUUAUUGACCCUGCAACUCAACAGAAGACCAUGACAAGAAGAUAAGAAUUCAAUGUCUCUUUACAUAAUGUCUUCACAGAGUCAAGGCAAAUUCUCAGCACUUCCAACACUGUUUAAGACAUGAAAGUAAAAAUAUGAAUAGUUUAGAGACUGGUAACAACAUAAAGGUUUUAAAUUUCACCUUGAAGAUUCAACUUGUAUUUGAACCUCCCAUUCUGCUCACAUUUGAUCUUUCAAAAAGCACCAAAAUAGCAGGAUUAAUAAAAUAGAAAUCAAUAACUGCAUUGCAAUUAAUUUACCUUUGUGUGCCAUGUUCAAGAUAAACCUGUUUAAUUCUUUAAUGUUGAAAUGGCCUGAUAUUCAGCUUAUGUGAAUUACAUGCCAGAAUUACAUUUUUAUUAAGCAUACUAGUUUUAGACACAUGAGGAAGUGUGCAAUACAUAACUCAGCUACCACAGACGUAUGUCUUCAAGGACCGAAAACAACCUAUGUCCAAUGCCAGUUUUACAACCCAUUCACUUUCGAACGACAUGAUUAAGCUGCACAGGCCUGGAAUUUCUCAUUUGCUAUGUAUGUAUGUAAACUAUGAAACUAUCAAAAGAAAAAUAUUUUAAUUCAGUGUAGCAUGAACUCAAAUCUUGGAAAUAAAAUUUGUUGACAGUAGAAAUUAUCUGAGAACU